AUGGUCUGUCUCAACUACCAAACCCCCGGUCUCAUGAUGGAUCUCCAAGUAAACAGUAUAACCACAUAAUAAAAAACUUUUUUUUGCUCAGGAAGGAAAAUUCUCGGAAAACGGUGGAUGUGGGUACGUACUGAAACCUAUGGUGAUGAAAGACGAAAUAUUCAUUCCGAGUGAGAAAAUUCCCUUGACUCCUCAAAUUCUACAUCUCCGUAUAUUAUCUGGACAACAAUUACCUCGCCCUCGUGGGUCAAACGCAAAAGGAGACUUCGCAGAUCCUUUCGUCGUCGUUGAAAUAUUUGGAAUCCCAGGUGAUUGCGCCGAAGAACGAACAAGAACCGUACGAAAUGACAGUGAGUGUUUUAUGAACUUUUCUCAAUCUUAAUUGAUUUUCAUGUGUGAAUCCAUCGUUUGAUGAAUCCUUUCAAUUUCAAGUAUGUAUGCCAGAGCUUGCACUUGUUCGCUUUCUUGUUCUCGAUGAUGAUUAUAUAGGAGAUGAUUUUAUUGGACAGUACACUAUACCUUUUGAAUGUCUUCAAGCAGGUAAAUCAACGCAGUGACUUAACUAAAACUUAUUUUUUGAGGAUAUCGUCAUAUUUAUUUACUAAACAAUGAAGGCGACCCUUUAGAAAAUGCUACUCUGUUCGUACAUGUAGCAAUAACGAACCGGCGUGGAGGAGGAGUAUGUUUCCAAUUUUGCAAUAGGCUUUCAAUAGGCUUUAUCUGGGGGCAAAUACUGAAUGACUACCAGCUUUUUGACUACCUAGAUUUUGGCAAACGAUGAUUUUUGACUACCCGGAUUUAUGACUACUGGCAUUUUUGAAUACCAGAUAGAUUUAUGACUACUGUUGAAAAAAAAAGUUUCGACAUUGGAAUCGAAGCUGGCAGCGUGCCAAGGCCCGGCCUCCCAAACGCAUAUGCUGCGCGGGGUUGUUGCAAUAUUGCCGCACGCUUUAUUGUUCUUCGUUUUUGUCUUUAUUUUUCGGCUAAAAAUCAGCAGAAAUUUGGUUUUUCUCCUUUUUUACUCGUAUUUAUUCAUUUCAAUUGUCUUUUGCUAUAAAAAAUAAACUUUGAAAACAGGUUUAUCGAUUUUUAGCUUGAAUUUUCGAACAUUUCUUGAUUUUGUGUUUUUCUCCUUUCGAUUUCGGUGAAUUUGAGAAUUUUCAGGAUUUCCACCUUCGGAGAAGUCGAACAAGCAACAAAAGGGCAUGGAUUUCUUCUUUUCGUGUUAGUUUUUGACGUAACAAUAAUUUUCUCUCCGAUCAGCGCUUACAGACUCCACUCCUCCGCCGUCUUCUCCACUCCGCCGUCAGCACACAACGGUAUUCAAAAACUUGUCGUAUUAGUUUGAAGAGGAACGAAAAUUAUUUCUCUCCGACCGUAUUUUCAGAGUCCGUGGACGCUUCAAUCCGGAAAAAGGAGAAGAAAAUAGAAUAUCUCUGAUAAUAAAAUUCUUGCACUUGUCAUUUAAUUUAUUGGAAAACGUAAUAAAUACAUCUAAAAUAAUUGUUAUUAGUGCCAAUUUAUCCAACGGGAGAUGCUUCUUCAACUUUCCGUUGUGUGCUGACGGCAGAGUGAAGUCUGUAAACGUUGAUCGGAGAGAAAAUUAUUGUUACGUCAAAAACUAACACGAAAAGAAGAAAUCCAUGCCCUUUUGUUGCUUGUUCGACUUUUCCGUAGGCGGAAAUCCUGAAAAUUCUCAAAUUCAACGAAAUCGAAAGGAGAAAAACACAAAAUCAAGAAAUGUUCAAAAAUUCAAGCUAAAAAUCGAUAAAUCUGUUUUCAAAGUUGAUUUUUUAUAGCAAAAGACGAUUGAAAUGAAUAAAUACGGGUAAAAAAUGAGAAAAACCAAAUUUCUGCUGAUUUUUAGCCGAAAAAUAAAGACAAAGAUGAAGAACAAUAAAAAGCGGGCAAUGUUGCAACAAUCGCGCGCAGCAUAUGCGUUUGGGAGGCCGGGCCUUGGCACGCUGCCAGCUUCGAUUCCAAUGUCGAAACUUUUUUUUUUCAACAGUACCCGAAUUUCCAAUACCAGGAUUUAUGCCUACCGGAUAGAUUUUUUGCUAUCAGGACGUUAGCUUACCGGAUAGAUUUUUGACUACUCGAUUUCUGGUCAACAAUAAUACAACCACGUCAUAUUUUUUAUGAUUUGCAGAAUAUAGGGUCUCGUACAUUCCCAAUAUCGGAUCCCAAAUCCGGGUUACGGUGGUAUGGUGGGUGCUUAAAUCAAAUUCUUUAAAAAGAAAAGUGUGGAAAUCUGAAUUAUUUCUGCAAUUGAAAUUGUGGUUCUGAAAAAAAUUAGUUCCGGAAAAAAAACAUUCAGCCUUUCAAGAUUUUUUCAACGAAUAUGGUUUAAGCACCUACCGUACUACCGUAACCCGAUAUUGUGCAAAUUUAAUAAGAUACGACGGGGUCGCAUUAUUGUUGACCAGAAAUCGAGGGUAAAGACCCAGGUAAGUAAUGAACGGUAUGUCCAAAAAGUUAGGCGAUGAACUUGGUAGGCAUUGAAAAAAAUGAGAAUUUUGGUAGCCAAAUAUCUAGUAGGCAAUGAUCUUUAGUAGGUAAAGGUAAAGAUCGUUUGCCCGAAAAAAGGUAUUGGUUGGUAACUAUCGUUUGCCAAAAAGAAAAUCAAAAAUCUAUCCGGUAGUCAAAAAUGCGGGUAGUCGAAAAUCGGGGUAGUCAUAAAUCUAUCUGGUAGUCAAAAAUCUGGUAGUCGUUCAGUAUUUGCCUUAUCGGUCCGCCUAGCGGAGUUCAAAGGUCUUGUUUUUUGAGAAAUCAAACACCUAUUCAGAAAGCAAAGAAGAGAGGAAUGUCUGUCAAGAAAAAGAACUCUCGCAUUUCUUCGGGAAUGAAGGUGGUGGGAAUCAAGUCGGUAGACGAUCAAUUUAAAGUUAGCGUUAGGAAUUUUUAUAAAUGGUGCAAACGGUGAAUAAAAUACUGAUGUCUAGGUCGCCAUCAUGCCGCUGACCGAAUCGAUUGCUAUGAGAAACCGAUUAGAGAACGCAAUGACAGACUGGCAAGAAGAUUGUGGAUUAGGCCCAGCUGGAACUAUUCGACAAGGAAUCAGAUUGAUUUACUCGAGGAUGGUCACACUUUCAGCCAACCUCGGCAGUGUUGGUGAGAAUUUGCGCAAACUUUCCGCAAUUUUUAUUAGAACUUUUAGCAAACAUUGCUUAAAGUUUGCGCUAAAAUUGUGGGGACCCUUAAAGUCUUCACAAAAACUGCCUAAAGUUUGCGCUAAAAUUGCAUAACGUUUUUCAGAAUAUGCGCAAACUUUAAUGGGGCUAUUAUGUUUGUUUUCCGCGGAAUUAGUUCUGUUUUUUUUUACAUCGCUGAGUUGGGUUUUUUGACGUAAAAAAACGGAAAAAACGGAAAAAGAAUCAUUUUUUUCACAGCCUGAUAAGGACCCCCCACAAUGUGAGCGCAAACGUAAAGCUAAUUUUUGCGAAAAGGUCUAUUAUGCCGCGUCCAAUGUCUCGGAAAAACCGUAAAAACCGCAGGUUUUUCUGUCCGAAGUCGGCCGAAAUUUUCGUGAAAAACGGGGGUGCGCACAGCUCAAUGAAUGUAACCGUACCUCUAAAACUACGGUAUUUUUUGAAAAUUAGCGCAAGAAACUUGAAUAUUUUCAAAUAUCCUCAAGAUUUGCGCACGGUGAUUUUUUCUCGGGGUGCAGUGGAGAGGAAAGUGGAGAAAAACGCUUUAAAGAGAUGUAUAUUUGGAGAAAAUUCAUCAAAAACUAAAAAAAAAGAACUUUGCGCGUAACAUAAAAUGCACUGUACGCAGAGCAACACCGGCGUGUAAAAAUGAAAAGACUGAGGAUCAAACGUUUGGUGAACGUCGCAAAAGCCGCGCCGUGUUACGCGUUUCUUUUCAUCGCAUCGACUUCUCUUCGCGUAUUACUUCACCUUGAAUCUGUAAAAAGGUCUAAUUGAGGUAGAAAGCAGAAAAAAACGCUUUAAAGAGAUGAAUAUUUGGAGAAAAUUCAUCAAAAACUAAAAAAAAUGAACUUUGCGCGUAACAUAAAAUGCACUGUACGCAGAGCUACACCGGCCUGCAAAAAUGCACGGACUGAGGAUCAAACGUUUGGUGAACGUCGCAAAAGCCGCGCCGUGCUCUGGCAUUUCGUUAUUAAUCUAACGGCGGCCUAAUAAGAUUGAUAUGACACCUAAUUAGAUUAAUAAAUUGUCUAGCUAGAUUAAUAAAUCUUCUAAUUAGAUUAAUAAGUGCUCAAAUCAAUUUUCACGCCAACCGUCUGCUGGCUCAAAUCUCGAUUGCGCCAAGAAAAAACAGUCGAAUCUAAUUAGGUCGCGUUUAGAUCAGUAACUUUCUAAUUAGAUUAAUAUCGAAUUGCCAGAGAAGUUUGCCAAAUUCUGACCAAGACUGCCGAAAAAAUAAACUUAUUUUUGAGAAGCCACUGACUUUUAAAAAGCUAGAUACUUGGAAUUUUUUAAAGCAGGGUUCAGCCACAUCCUAAGCAUCCAGUGCGACUGUACCCCAUACGGCUAAGUCGUUGAGUAAAGUGGAAGUCAUUGAGUAUUAAAGUCCUUGAGUAGCGAAGUCAUGAAGAGUAGGGAACUUAAGUCAUUGAGUAUUAAAGUCAUUAACUUAAAAAAAAAUUUGUUACGUUUUUACAGGUUCGCCGCCACCUCCUUCUUUUUCAUUAGCAGAUAAUAAUGAAACAAAUGAACUAACAGUGCCGUUUAUUAUAGACAGCGAUGACCAUGGAGUUGAGAAUAACUAAGUUAAUAAAAAGGAAAUAUAUACUUUCAGUAUCCAACAAUCACAACACAUUCUGUAUUACCCGAUCAACUCCAGCGGUCUUUCAAUAAACUGAAAAAUCUCAUCAGCCAUUGUACUUCAACGCUAUCAAAAGCAGAAACUCUGCUGCAAAAGGUAUGAUUGGAUAUUGCGACAGAAUUCCUUGCUUAUUUUUAAAAACAAAGUUUUCUCGUGCCAGCUCUGAGUUCUGUUCAAUGUUUAGAUCGAAGAAUCAAUUCGAAAACUAUCUGAGUGCCACGAAGAACUGUCAAAUCUGUGCAGUGAUUGUGGACUGAAAGGACAAAAAGCAAUACGUGCAGCAGAAAACUUCACAUGGAAUUUGAGGCUUCUCAAAGCACAACUUAAUUUCAUGAACAGGAGCCAAGAAGAAGCACAAGAUGUUAUCACUCAGGUAUAUAAUAAUACCGUAUAUUUUUUUAAAUAACAGUAUAUAAAUUAUAUUAUAUAAUCGCAAGUCUUAAGAUCUUCGACACUGGAGGAGUUCUUGGAGUUCUUUCGCACAAGCUGUUGAAUCGAAAAAAUGGGAGAAAGUUUUCCAGAGUUGUCCCAGAUCCUUCGAGAGAUUCUGUUUUGUGA